AUGGGACGUGUUGUCUUUGACGGUGUUCAGAAAUUUUCAUCUUUAUCAGCGUAUCUACCUGUAAAGUAUCAGAUCUCCGGCACCGAGUCUUCAUUUUUCCUUAGAGAAGCCAACCAUGAAUUCAUAAAAAACUCAAGUUUACAAUCUCGUGUGGAAACCUUCUUUACCUACAAAACUAAGAAGAGGCCCGUUGUCAGUGUUAGCUAUGGACCAUUCUUGGUGGAACAUGAUGUCCCUCAGGAUCUGCUGUUGACUCCCAAUGCUUUUGGGUCCACCAACAAGUUUACAUUCAACUGGAAGCUGAAAACCUAUAUCAUGAGUGAAAAAAUCUACUUGACGAGGCCCAAAGUCCAAAUUCUUUUCUACAUUGUGGGGAGAGAUUGGGAUGACUACAGCAUGUCUGAACAGCUUCCCUGCAUGCAUGUUUUUGCCUUCUGGGAAACUUUGGGAGUGCGGGGUAGCUGCAGGCUGAAAGGAGACCUGGGAUUAUGUGUGGCAAGUCUAGAUCUUCAGCCAACUUGGUUUAACCCACCCACAGUUGUCACUGGCCGUAAAAAAGUGGUUGAUCGGUCUGAUGGGAUCUUGGUAGAGCUUUAUUAUGCGAUCCACCCUGGGGGUGAAAAUGGGGAGUGUAGCACUGAAGACCUACGAAAGGGUAAUGCAAUCCGUCCAGGAAAAGAAGGGGCAGGAGAAAGGAUGUCCCACUUACAACGCAUUGGGUCUAUCAGUCUCCACCAGGCACCAGAGACCUCUCAGCUGACUGAGUUGUGGUUGGACAGCGACAUUGUCAUCCAGCUGCCGUUGAAGCCCGUCAAGCAGGGAGAAGUUGUGACCGCUUCCGUGACAGUUACCAACAAUAUCACAGUGGAUCAAUUUAUUCUCAGGGCAAAAGUGAAGAAAGGGGUAAACAUCCUGAAUGCCAAAAUCAGCGAGCUGCGGCAGUGGGACGUGAUGCAGGAGGUCAGUAAUGGCGGGAAGCAUUCGACGAUUGCUGUGAUGUGUCACAGAAUCAAGGCGAAUUCACGCAGCAGAAGCAACAAUAAUAACAUGUUCAGCGAAGUUGUGCGACUGAAUUUUGAAAUUGCCAGCUUCAGCAGCCUUUCAGGAACCCAGCCAAUAUCCUGGCAAGUGGAAUAUCCUCAGAAGAAGAUGACAGAGAUGGCCCUCUCUGAAAUUUUCAUUUGCCAAAAGGAUCUAGUGGGGAUUGUCCCACUAGCAAUGGACACGGAUAUCUUGAACACAGCCAUCCUCACUGGGAAGACGGUUGCUGUCCCCAUCAAGGUGAUUUCCGUGGAGGAAAACAACGUGGUGAUGGAUAUCUCUGAAUCGGUGGAAUGCAAGUCUUCUGCUGAGGAUGUGGUUAAAGUAAGUGAUAGGAUCAUCAGCCUGGGGGGAUAUUUUAUCCUUGGCUUUCGACGAGCAAGAAUGCAGGACCGGUGUGAGUUCCAGGCAACUUCCUGCAAUGCUUCCACAAACCCCAUGAGAUCUCCUGUGAUCUUAUUGACGCGAGACAGUGAUGAUGAAGAUGUAGAUGACCAUAAGGGAAGAGGCUGCACCCUCCAGUACCAGCAUGCCAUGGUGCGCGUCCUCACCCAGUUUGUGGCCGAAGAUGCCAGCCCAUCAGGGCAGCUGUCCUACUUGUUGGGCUCCGACUGGCAGAUUGACAUAACAGAUUUGGUGACGGACUUCAUGAAGCUUGAGAAACCUUACGUGGCGGAGUUACAAGGAGGCAAGGUUCUGGUUGGGCAAGAAGUUGGCAUGACAAUGGUCCAGGUCCUUUCUCCACUAUCUGACUCCAUCUUGGCCGAGAAGACCGUGACCGUGUUGGAUGACAAAGUGACCAUCACUGAUAUGGGAGUCCAACUCGUAGCUGGGUUGUCCCUUGUCCUUCAGCCCAGCAUAGCUAGUCCUCAAGCUUUCGUGGCUACCACCAUAGCUCAAGACUUGCUCCACACUCCCAAACAGGAGGCCAUGGUGAGCUCCUGGAUCCAAUUCAGCGAUGGUGCUGUAACCCCACUGGAUAUCUAUGAUCCCAGAGAUUUCUCUCUCUCUGCCUCCUCGCUUGACGAAUUGGUUGUUUCAGCUCAUCAGAGCUCUACUGUCAAAUGGCCAGUGGUAGUAGCAGAAGGGGAAGGGGAAGGCCUGCUGGUCAAAGUAGAUAUGAUGAUCUCUGAAUCUUGCCAGAAAUCCAAGCGGAAGAGUAUCUUAGCCGUUGGCAAUGGAAACAUCAAAGUCAAGUUUGGCCAGAACGAUGCCAACCCUCAUGGUCUUGGGGAUUACAGUGCUGAGGAAAUUGAAAACCAUGCCAGUGACCGGAGGCAGAAGGUGUUUGACCAGGAAGGACAAUAUUAUAGAAGCUCUUCUGAUGAACGAGAAGAAGGCCCUGGAAGGAAGACUAGUGUGACAGCCAAGUCUACAACCAAAAACAAAGUCUUCAAAAGUAUCCCUGAAGGAGAUAAACUCUCCGAUGAAGGUCUACUCCAGAACAUUCCGAUUGACUUCACCAACUUCCCAGCUCAGAUCGAUCUCCCCCAAAGCAAUAAUGGCAUGGAGGACAGCGACCUGGUUGAGACCCCUAGAGCUCUUAGUGACUUGGAGACGGGGAUGUAUGCCCUGUUAGGAGUCUUCUGCCUCGCCAUUCUGGUCUUCCUAAUCAACUGUGCCACCUUCACAUUGAAGUACCGUCACAAGCAGCUUCCCAUGGAAAGGGAGGCCUCCAUGAACCACUCUCAUGACUGGGUGUGGCUUGGGAAUGAAAUGGAGCUGUUGGACAACCCAGCAGAUGUCUCACCUCCACCAGAUGAGUGCACCACAAUCAUAGACCAAGGGGUAGGCUUUGAUGCGGGCAGUCAACUCCUCGUUGGCACACCCAAAAAACUCCCGAGUCAAAGCAGUCCAAAAAUUCAACUGCGGGACAAGCAAAUCAGGGACCUGAAGCAGGAACACCCUUUGCAUUCGCCCACCUCCAAGCGGAAGCGGGUCAAAUUCACCACGUUCACCACCAUCCCUCCAGAUGACGGCUGUCCCACCGUCAAUUCCAUCCUCAAUUGCAACGAAGAUGACAUUAAAUGGGUUUGCCAAGAUAUGGACCUGGGAGAAUCGAAACAGAUCAGGAACUACCUGGAGAAACUCAAAGACAAAAUGUAGCAUCACUCUGGGUUUUAAGAGUUAACAGCCACACCUUGAUGCCUUCAGAUGCAUUGAAAUAUGUGAAUAAACAGAUAUAUGCAUGAACUGGAGUGGGCGC